AUGAAAUUCUCCACCACUUUAUUAGCUUUAACUGCCUCAAUUGCUACCGUUAUGUCUGCUGAUUCAUCAGCCGCUGCUUCUGGUGCUGGUUCUGCCGCCAAAUCUGGUGCUUCUUCAGUUGCUUCUGCUGCCAAAUCUGGUGCUUCAUCUGCAGCUUCCGAUGCCAAAUCUGGUGCUUCAUCCGCUGCUUCUGGUGCUGGUUCUGCCGCUAAAUCUGGUGCUUCUUCAGCUGCUUCUGGUGCUUCAUCUGCUGCUAAAUCUGGUGGCUCAUCAAGUGCUUCCGGUUUUGCUCCAAUUGUUGGUGUUGGUGCUGGUAGCUUGGCAGCUGUUGCUGGUCUUUUGUUGUUGUAA